UGCGCGGCAGUUACCUAAAUAAUAAUCACUCCGCAAUGUGUUAGUAUUCCAACUUUUAUUUCAGAUGUGAUGUCGGGUUUAUUUCGUUCUGUAAGCCACAGGUCUGAGUGAAUAUCAUGCAGAGUUCCGUUGGCAGAAAGCGAGAUACGAGCAGCCGUGUCAGCUCUGGUGCUGAAAGAAAACAAGUCCGCAAAGUUCAUACCAGAAAGAUACCAUACAGAGUGGGAUACAGCUGGAACAAAGGCGGAAGACUCAAAGAGCUGAGAAUAAGGCACUUGGCAAGGAAGUUUCUAAGGAUAUGGAUGCAGAACACCUUUGGCCGAAUUCUUCCUAAUAAAGCCAAGUCCCACUGUGACAGCGUGGUUUUGCGACGGGCUUUUAAGGGAUGGAGAGAUGAGUGGUGGACCUCCAGGAGGGAGUGGAGUCUUUCAGUGCGGGCUGAGUGUCACUACAGGUAUUAUCUGUAUAAUCUGGCUUUCCAUGGCUGGCGAAGGUUUUUGUCGCUGCAGAGGGAAAAGAAAAGCAAAGUCCAAAAAGCUCAAUCUUUUGCUGACCGGCAGCAGAUGAGUCUGGUCUGGGAACAAUGGAAGGUUUUCAUAGAAACGAGACGACAGAAGAGAAGGAUGCUUGAAUCGGCCGUUGAGCGGCACAGACUCGCAAGCCUGCAUUCAGCGUGGAGCUUGUGGCAGGCUCUGCUGCGACGAUAUCAGGACCUUCACGCUUUAGAGGAUCAAGCUCUGAAACAGAGGGCACUAACUUUACAGAGCAGGACUUGGCUUCAGUGGAAAGACAUGCAUAGAGCUGCUUGUUGCCAGAAAGAGAAAGAAUCCAAAGCAGCACUUCACUUCAUCCUCAGACUGAAAAGAAAAACACUAGCUCGUUGGAAGAGUGAUGUGUUGCGUCUCCAAACCAAGAAAACAUCAAAAGCUUUGGCUCAGCGUGCCUUUGAUCUCCGCCUGAUGAUGACAUGUUGGAGUGAAUGGAGCAGUGCGUUGGAUCGUAAACGGAAUGAGGAGGAACGUUUGCAAACCGCAGAACACUUGGCCAUACGGAGCACCCAGCAAAGAACAUUGGAGCGCUGGAGAGCUUAUGUGUCGUUGCGUAGAGAAGAGGCUGAGAGACACAGGACUGCAAGUCAACAUCAUCAUCAUCAGCUACUGCGCGCUGGAUUGCAGGGCCUUUCUGUUAACAUAAUCAGGAACAGAACACACCGUCUGAACAACAACAUGGCGGUCCAACAUUACCGUCAAACUAUGACAUGUAGGUAUUGGAAUCUGUGGCGGGACCAUCAGGAGGAGGCUGAAGACAAGAGUUUUCAACCACUAACAAAAAUGGCGUUGACUAAAUACAGCACGUCCCUGUUGAGCAGCUGUUUACAACACUGGAGAGAGAAAGUUGCCAAACAGCAACGCAUGCAGGUACUGGAGCACCGUGCAGACAUUUGGUUUGCUGAACGCAUGUUGCCUCACUGUUUCAACUCGUGGGUUGAGUUUACUCUGCAGAGAAGACUCCAUAAACAGAGGAAACACAAGGCAGAAGUCUAUAAUCGGCAGCGUCAGUACUCGUUGGUGUUUUACACCUGGUGGGGGGAAUCGGAGAAACACAAAGGGCAGAUGCUUUCUGAGCGUUUGGCUAUCCUACACGAGGAGCGCUGCCUCCUGCAGAGAGCCUGGAGUCGCUGGAAGCUGCGGACAGAGCAGCAAAUGGAUGAAGAGCAGAAAUGGAAAGCUUCAGAGCAUCUCUACAGACACAGACUUCUUGACAAGACGAUGAAACAGCUGAAGGACAACAGCACUGAGAUGCAAGACAGGAGAAAUCGUGAGCAGCAGGCUUAUCGUCGGGGUGACAUGCGCUGCUUGAGAUGGGCUGUGGAAAAUUGGAAAAAGUAUGUUCAGAGCCAGAGAGAGAAGAAAAGCAGACUGAAGCAGAUGCAGCAAAUCUAUGAAGUUCAACUUUUGAGCCGCACGUUUGUGGCCUGGAAGAAGCACCACCUGCAGAUGUGUCAGACCUAUCGACACGCAGAGGGACUUCACAGACAACAAAAACGGGACUUUCUCAGGACGGCCCUGUGUGUUUGGAGGGAGAACGCCGUGCUGCUGACAGAGGUCAGGCUCCAGGAGCAAGAAGCACAAAAUCACUUCCAGCGUUUUCUUCUACUUAAGGUGUUUCUGGCGUGGAGGGAGGCAGCAGCAUGUUCAGUGUCCAAGCGCCACCAGCAGGGGGAAGCAGUCAACAAGGCUCAGAGGUCCAUCAAUCAAGUGCGGCUGCUGCGGUCUUUCAGACACUGGAGGACGCAGACCAGGGAGGCUCGGAGAGAGAGGGUAUGCAUGGAAAGAGCCAGGAGGUACCAUGAAUCCAAACUCCUUUCUAAAGCACUGAAAGCCUGGAAUGAGCAUCACAAUCAACAUCAUAAAAAUAAGGUAAUGAGAAGACAGGGAAUCUUCCUGCUGAGAUUGAAGAUGUAUCAGACGUACUUUGAGCAGUGGAGAAUAAAGCUGCAGCACAGACGGAGAGAGGCGAAGCAGACGGAGCGAGCGCUCUGGCACUGGUCCCUUUCUCUUCAGGCCAAGGUGUUGUACGGGUGGAGGCAGACGGUGACAGAGCAGCGCAGAAAACAAGAGCAGGCGGUCAGAGCUGCAGAGGUGUACAGAGACCAGCUGCUGAGGGAGGGCGUGACGUGUAUCCUCACUUACGCUGCUCACAUGAACAACCUCACAACGAGCCUAACACAGCACAGCCAAGAGCAGCGGUCCCGCCACCUCCAGAGAGUAGUGAGGCGUUGUGCGAUGCGUUGGAAGCAGCGGGCGCUGUGUACACCCCGAAGAGAGCAAGAGGUCAAAGAUCAACCACCGAAGAAGAGUGUUAGCUUCUGUUUGACUACAUCUGGGCGGAAGAGGGUUUCCCAGUCUGACUCAGAGGGGCAGGAAGCUGAAGAUGGAGGGCGUAGCAAGCUCCGCGGGCAUCGACGUCAGCCACGACGCUGCAAGGAACUGUUUGAGUCUACAAUAACAAUAAACACCCAGAAGCAGACGGCCGUCACCAAAGCUCCAAAGCCCUCACUUCUCAGCCUUCCUGCACCAGAAGGCCAUCAAACUGCGUUGUCUUGCCUCCAUCCUCCUACCGUCUCUUUUCCUUCCACACAUCAGAGCACCAUCAUAUCUAAUGUGUCACCCUGUGAACACCGAACCCAAAAUAAAGACGUUCUUCUACCCCCCUCUGCCUUCAUGACUACCGGGGCCAAAGAAACGUUGGGGAAGACUAACUGCUCAGGUUUUGGAGAUGCUUCCCUUCAUCAGUUUGUUCCUCCGUUUGAACACUCGUCAGCUCAUUCAGACGUAUCAUCCGGUGGAGGAUCUUUAGAAGACGCAGCAACAGAUUCAGCUUCCGCUCUCACUGAAGAGCUGCUCGGCAUCCAGCUGGACAUGAUGACAUACCAACGGGACAGGAAACAGCUCCGGGCAUGGCAGAAACUGAAAGAGGUAUUGCAGAGUUGGGUGCAGACCAGUGGAGCGGGUGAGCAAAUGGAAAGAAAUGCAGUUUGUGAAGAGUUGAAGGAGUUGGAGGAACGCAUUGACAGGCUGUCCGCUGAACUGGCAAAGCGUAAACCCUCGAUGCGGCUGCAUGCGGAGAGGAUCCGCCAUUUACAGACCGUCCUCCAGGACUCAGGAGUUUCUUUCCUCCGUCGGAGAGCAGACGAGAUGGAAACAGAUCCCUCUGUGUUGAAGAAAUAGAGCCUCACACUCAAAACGGAUUAAAC